UAUUUAUAUUUUCUUCUACAAUAUUGGUCUUUUCUAUCAGAAAUAUUUUAUACAACUGAUACUUUGGGGUAUUGCUAUGGGGCAAAAAUGUAACAUUGUCCUAUAAUUUUCCCAGUAUCCCCUGACACCAGCUAUUAUAUAAUCCAGUCUUUUCUCAUUCAUUUGGGCAUUUGAAGUGUCCUUUAUUAUAUAUUCUCAUAUAUGCUUAUCUUUUUAUCUUUUUAUGGGAAGCUGAUUUCAUUGGUUUCUGUUGCACAUCAGCAUCAUAUCAUCUUAAUUUUCAUAGUUUUUUAAUAUGUUUUAUUACCUCAUAGGGAAAAUGCACCCUUAGGACUAUUUUUUUAAAAAUUGAAUGUGUUUAUUCAUCCAGAUGAAUUUUGAAUAACUUGGUCAAGGUUUCCAUGCCAAAUAAAAUAUGUUGAUUGAAUUGUUACAUAUAUAGAUUAAUCUGGGGGUUGUUGCUAUCUUUAGCAAAGGUAAGUUCUAUUCCAGGAACAAGCUAUAUAUUUCUAUUUAUACCUUUUUCUUUUAUUCCCCCAGUAAAGUUUUUUACAUAUGGUAUACACGUAUCUGGUUAGUUCCUUGUUAUUUUAUAUUUCUUAUUGCUGUUAAGAGUGAACUGUCUCCCCCAAUAUAUUUUUAUUUCAUACCUUCUUUGUAGACAACUGACUUUGUUCACUUAAAAAAUUCAUUUCAAUUUCUAUCCUUUCCACUAGAUGGCAGUCUUGGGCACAUCCAUUUGUUAACCUGCUGAGAGCUCUGGUGACAAGAAAGGCUGUGGCUGGCAGACCUCCCAAGUCCCCAAAAGUGCAAGGACAAAAAGGAAGGAACUUGGAAGGGACAAGACAUCGAGACAUGGCUGAGGGCAAAGGCAAGAGAGACUCUAUCCGAAUGAGUAUGAAGGGAUGCCAGACAAACAACGGGUUUGUCCAAAAUGAAGACAUCCUGGAGAGGAGCCCAGAGUCAGACAGCCCAGCAGACAACCCGCAGUGCAGCACCAUGGACAUCCUCGGCCCCACCGAGCAUGACUUCAAGAGCAUCCAGCCCUUCGCAGGGAUGCCCAAGGAGGUGCUGCUCCAGUUCUCAGGCCAGGCCCGCUACCAGGUGCCCCGGGAGGUCCUCUUUUGGCUCACUGUGGCUUCUGUGGUUGUGCUCAUUGGGGCCACCAUAGCCGUCAUCGCCCUAUCUCCAAAGUGCCUCGAAUGGUGGCAGGUGGGGCCCAUGUACCAGAUCUACCCGAGGUCUUUCAAAGACAGCGACAAGGAUGGGAACGGAGACCUGAAAGGUAUUCAAGAUAAACUGGAGUACAUCACAAAUUUAAAUGUAAAAACUAUUUGGAUUACUUCAUUUUAUAAAUCAUCCCUUAAAGAUUUCAGACAUGGUGUUGAAGAUUUCCGAGAAAUCGAUCCCAUUUUUGGAACAAUGAAAGAUUUUGAGAAUCUGGUUGCAGCCAUACAUGAUAAAGGUUUAAAGUUAAUAAUUGAUUUCAUACCAAACCACACCAGUGAUAAACAUGCCUGGUUUCAAUUGAGUCGGAACCAGACAGGGAAAUAUACUGAUUAUUAUAUCUGGCACGACUGUACCCAUGUAAAUGGCAGAACCAUACCACCCAACAACUGGUUAAGUGUGUAUGGCAACUCCAGUUGGCACUUUGAUGAAGUGCGAAAGCAAUGUUAUUUUCACCAGUUUAUGAAAGAACAACCAGAUUUGAAUUUCCGCAGUCCUGCCGUUCAAGAAGAAAUAAAAGAAAUUAUACAGUUCUGGCUUGGAAAAGGUGUUGAUGGCUUUAGUUUCGAUGCUGUUAAAUUUCUUCUAGAAGCAGAACAUCUGAGAAACGAGGCCCAAGUGAAUAAGACCCAAAACCCGGACAUGGUCACACAGUACUUGGAAUUGUAUCAUGACUUCACCACUACUCAGGUGGGAAUGCACGACAUUCUCCGGAGCUUCCGACAGACGAUGGAUCAAUACAGCAGGGAGCCUGGAAGAUAUAGGUUCAUGGGGACUGAAGCCAAUGGGGAGAGCACUGACAGGACCAUGAUGUACUAUGGGACACCUUUUAUCCAAGAAGCAGAUUUCCCUUUCAACAAUUACCUCACCAAGUUAGACACCCCUUCUGGGAAGAGUGUGUUUGAGGUUAUCAAGUCUUGGAUGGAAAACAUGCCAGAAGGAAAAUGGCCCAAUUGGAUGAUUGGUGGACCAAACAAUGCCCGGCUGACUUCUCGUUUGGGGAAAGAGUAUGUCAAUGUCAUGAACAUGCUCAUUUUAACACUCCCUGGGACUCCCAUAACUUACUAUGGGGAAGAAAUAGGAAUGGAAAACAUUUUAGCUACAAAUCUCAACGAAAGUUAUGAUGCUAAUACCCUUCUCUCGAAGUCACCAAUGCAGUGGGACAACAGCUCAAAUGCCGGUUUUUCUGAAGGCAAUAAUACCUGGUUACCCCCCAAUUCAGAUUAUCAAACUGUGAAUGUUGAUGUCCAAAAGACUCAGUUCAAAUCAACGUUGAAGUUAUAUCAAGAAUUAAGUUUACUUCAUGCCAAUGAGCUACUCCUCAGCAGGGGCUGGUUUUGCCAUGUGUGGAACGAGAACAAUUUUGUUGUGUACACACGAGAGUUGGAUGGAAUGGACAGAGUCUUUACCAUGGUUCUGAAUUUUGGAGAAUCAGCCUCAAAGGUAAAUCUACAGGAAAUGCUUCCAGGACUUCCCUCAAAAGUGAGCAUAAGGUUAAGUACCAAUACUGCCACCCAAGGCAGUCAGGUUGAAACAAAUGCCAUUAUACUGGACAAAGGAGAAGGACUCAUCCUCGAUUACAAAAUGAAGACUCUCCUUCAUCAUCAAACAGAGCUCAAAGAGAGAUGCUUUGUUUCCAAUCGGGCAUGCUAUUCUAGCAUAUUAAACAUACUGUACAGCUUGUGUUAGGCACCUCUCUGUGAAAGAGAUGAAGACACCGGCAUUCAUUUUUAGUAUAAGCUUUUGCAGUAGCUUCAUGUACAGGUUCCUGCUGGGUAACCUUGAUGAAGACUAGUCAUUAAUUCUUAGACGGUUCUGUAGCUUGAAUGUAACUGCUUUAGGAACAGUUCUCAAAUGUUUUUAAAGAAUAAAAAAAUAUUUAAGAGGAAAUUAUCACUUGUAGCAACCUGUAACUUUAUUGGGAUAGCAUCAAUGAGAUAACUAGAUCACUUUAGGAUCCCAGAUUAUUUGAAAGAUCUAAUUAACUUAAUGCAGUCAUUGAAGCUGGAGGAUGAUCCACUGCUACAGGGUCUAAAAAUGUUCACUGGCUAAAAAGGCAGGAUAUUGAUUUGUAAACUGUUCGAAGAAAAUCUUACAGACAAAAACAACAGAAGUUCCAGUUGUUGGGAGGGACGACCUGGAGUCCUGCAGUCACCAAUCCCUCCCUUGUCCCCUACUCCUAUAUCCCCUACCUUCAAAGGUGCAUGAUUUGAAAACUACUUUUGUAGAUUUAGGGGCAUGUGCAUGAGUGAAAAGAAUGAGGAAAAGCAAGGGAGAUGUAGACUAAGCACAAUUUGGAUGGAGAUGCAAAUUUUAAAAAAUUGUUUAGUAACUGAAAAAUCUCACUCUUGUUAAUCCAGUUGGAAGUAAUACCAUGAAUUAUUUCAAGAUUUCCAAUUCCCAGAUGAAUGUGGCAUUUCAGAAUUUUAAAUAUUUCUUAAGAGCCUCAAAAACACUGGUGCUGUCAAGUCCAAGUUCCUCAUACAGGAAUUUUAUUUGAGAUGAAAUCUAAAAAAAAAACCCACAGAUUUUAAUAAUUAGAUAGAUGGCCUAUUUGGUAAAACUCCAGUGUUUAAGUCUCUUUCUGUAUCUAUCUUCGUCUAACUCCCAAGUACGGCAAGGUACCUUUAUUCAGGGCAGAGGCAGAAGGCUCUUGACGACUAAGAUUCAAUUACUUCUUUUAACAGAGGUCACUUAUUCUACAAGGGAGAGCCUUUUCUCUUGAUGGACUCAGGUCUACUCCCUCCCUCUCCUUGGCCUCAGCCAUAGGCAGAACCACUAUCAACCCUACUGCAACUACUGAGAUGCUGAGACCACCACAUCUGUACUUAGGCAUCCUGAGGGGGGCUGGGUAACAUACCUUUUUGUGAGAAUCCUCAAUUACAUGGUUGCCUCCAGGCUGAAUAUCUAAAAUAAUAUUGGGGAUCUGAUAGCCUGAAAGAAUCAUAUAUAAAACAAUUAGAAUGUUUCUGGUUCAAGAUGGCUGAUUGAGAUCCACUUUUCCCUUCUACUUCUGAAUACUCUGAAAAUAAUAGUAAAGGAAUAAAGGCUGAAAUCACAAACACCUACAACAACAAGAUUGAAGGGGGCAAGCAGAAGACAAAACUUCUGAAAGAGGGAAAGCAGGAGGACCAGUGGCCAAUAAAGCAGGAUGGAGACUGUAGUCCCCAGAGUACACAUGGAGAAAGCUGCAAUCUAGGGGGUAGCCAAUUGGCCCUGAGAAAUCUGACUGAUCUGGAAAUACCAACUACAGCAAAGGGUGAGAGUGAGACAUGGAGCUGAACACAGGGAUGCUGUCUGAAAAUUUGUAUGUAGAUCCUUACUACCCCUGAGCCCAAGAUAUCUUGGCAUGCAGUUUCAGAGAACAGAGGGAAAGUUCUUGUCUAAUGAAAUAGAACUGCUUGGAGAAAAUUAAAGCAGCUAGUUUGGGCACUGAAGCUGUAGAACAAAAAUCUUACAAUUUCUCUUUUAGAGGUUCCCAAGAAUAAUGACUCAAUAAAUAUUUUUGAAUGACUUUUGACUGUGGGAUAUUUAGAUUUGAUAGUUCCAAUUUACUUUUUUUCUAAAUUGUACCCUGCACACCUUUUAAAAAAAACUGUACUUUGAAAAAGAGGUGAGUCACAAUUAUUACAUAUGCUCUGACUGCGGAGGCAACAUAAGAAAUUUAGGACAAUUAUUUGUCCUAAAUCAUAACAAUUUGGUAUGUAGCUUAAAAUAUAUUACUCUGAGAAAUAUGCUGAGGGUUACAGACCAUUUAGCCAUGUUCCCUGCUUCUAGGUGGUCUCCUACCUUCACCUGUGUCCUUAGCAUGCUCAGUGAUGGCUUCCUUGAGUUUCUCAGAAUAGCUGACAAUUCCUUUCAGAGGUACACGUUCGUCGUUUUCAUAAGCUGUGAUGUGCAUUGAAGGAUAAUGCUAAAAGAAAAUAGUUCAUGUCAUUUAUUAUAUUCUCUUUUCACCUUUCAGACCAUGAAAAAUAAUCACCUCCAAUUUUUUUUUACCUAAGUGCUAGAAGUUUUUUUUUUACUUGGCAUUCUUGAGAGAUCUAUAGUAUUAUAACACUAGAAUACUUGUUAGCCUUUUCUUCACUAGAGACCAUGACUCAAUAACUUUAUUCCCUUGAAGUAUUAAACUGAAACAAACACGGAGUGUGAGAAGAAAUGGUGCUGAAAAGUUGUUUGGGUAUACAAGUAGAAACAAUCUAAAACCCUACUAAUUUCUGCUUCAGCUCAUAAGCUAAGUAUCCUUUUAACAAUCUUCCCUAUCACUUCAGGAUAAUAUAUUUUAACUGUCUUUUACUACCUGAGGUUUAAUAUUUUGAUAGGGGCAGUAACGUUUUAUGUAGUUCUUGUGUUUUUCAUCAGAUGAAGGAUUCCCCCAUUCUUCUAAUUCUUCUAGUGUCAGAGGAAGUGUAGUGUCCAUCAUGGUAUUGAGAACAUCCAAGAAAGGUGCCUAAAAAAAAAAAAAA